AUCCACAUAAAAUCCCAGGCUGCCAUUGGAGAGCCCGUUGGCAAGAGCGAACAGGACGCAGACGCAGGAGAUAUCAGCAGGAAGGCGCCCGACCAACGCAGUGUCCAUCACUUCAUCUCAUGUAACCAGACAGCGUCUGUUGGAGGCAGUUAUUUAACAAACUUCGUGAUAAAAAAGAGACAAAAGAAGGCAAGAAAAUGGGACAUACCGCAAUACCAAUAUUGAUGGCUGUAUUGUCCUACUGCGUGUGGGAAAACGUCGAGGCUCUGGCCAUGACGGAGGUGAACGGGCCAGGCCUGCAGGUGGCAGAGCCGCAGAUCGCCAUGUACUGCGGCCGUCAGCUGCUGCACAUGAACCUACAGACUGGCCAGUGGGAGCCAGACCCUCAGGGCCGCCAGGGCUGCUUCAAAGAGCCCGGAGAUAUCCUGUCCUACUGUCAGGAGGUGUACCCAGCACUUCCGAUCUCCCAUAUAGAGGAGUCUAAAAGACCUGUCACCAUCCCCGCCUGGUGUAAGAAAGGUUGGGGCCACUGCCAGACACACCCCUUCAUAGUGCUGCCCUACCGCUGUCUAGAGGGCGAGUAUGUGAGCGAAGCCCUGCUGGUGCCGGACCGAUGCCGUUUCCUCCACCAGGAGCAGAUGGAUGCCUGCGAGAGUUACGUGUAUUGGCACAACAUUGCUAAGGAGGAAUGCACUGCAGACAACCUGGAGCUCCACAGCUACGGGAUGCUGCUGCCAUGUGGAGAUCAUUUCCGGGGGGUGGAGUACGUGUGCUGCCCCGGCCGAGGGAGCUCCAGCGGUAAAGGAGAGACGGAGGACAAAGACCUCCCUGCUGGUACUCAGACACUCUCAGCCCAGACCAAUGGAAAACUCAACACUAUCACCAAAGUGAUGGCGCCCAAUCCAAGCCCCUCUCCUGACACAGACGUGGACGAGGCCGAUAUGGAAGAGGAGGAUGAUGAAGUGGUGGAGGAGGAGGAGGAGGACGAAGAGGAGGAGGAGGAAGUUGAUGAGGAGGAGGCGGAAGAAGAGGAGGAAGAGGAGACAAUAGCUGUGAAAGAUCCAGUGGAGUAUGAAUACCCCAUUGACUCUGAUCCGUACCAGACACCAGACUACCUGGAGCCCUUCUACAACGAGAAAAGCCAGAAACCAACAACCUCUGCUCCUCUGAUGAGGGGGGACAGCUUGAACACACCUCGGCCCACAGAUGGCGUUGAUGUUUAUUUUGAGAAGCCGGUGGAUGACACGGAGCACGCCAACUUCCUGCGUGCCAAAACAGACCUGGAGGAGCGCAGGAUGAAGCGCAUCAAUGAGAUCAUGAAGGAAUGGGCAGAGGCAGAUAACCAGUCAAAGAAUCUGCCAAAGUCAGAGCGACAGGCCCUGAAUGAGCACUUCCAGUCUGUGCUGCAGACGCUGGAGGAGCAGGUAGCUGGAGAGAGGCAGAGGCUGGUGGAGACUCAUCUGGCCAGAGUGGAGGCCAUUCUCAAUAACAACCGCCGCCUGGCUCUGGAGAACUACCUCACUGCUGUGCAGUCUGACCCCCCUCAGCCGGAGCGAGUGCUGCAGGCUCUGAAGCGCUACAUGGCCGCGGAGCAGAAGGACCGCAGACACACACUCAGGCAUUACCAGCAUAUUGUGGCUGUUGACCCCCAGAAGGCUGAGCAGAUGAAAUUCCAGGUGUACACACAUCUCCAUGUAAUUGAGGAGAGGAUGAAUCAGAGUCUUGCACUGUUAUACAAGGAUCCCACCUUGGCUGAGGAGCUGCACAAUGAUAUCCAGGAGCUGGUCAAGGCAGAAAGAGGAGACAUCAGUGAGCUCAUGACCACCUCCUUCUCCGAGACCCGCACUACUGAGGAGCUCCUGCCUGCUGAGAGCGAGGAGGAGAAGGAUGAUGAAGAGGAAGAGGAGAGAGCCUUCCAGAACAGGCCUUAUCCUCCCCGCAUCGAACUGCAGUCGGAUAAGAAAGUGUCUGCAGUUGAGGAAUAUGAUUAUACCACAUCUGAGAGAGGCCCUACUUAUGAAUAUGAGGAAAAGAUCAACACUUCUGUGGAGCUCAAGCAGGUCGUCAAUAAGCCUCCUGAGAUCGAGAGAGAUGAACUGCAACCUGAUGCCUUGGAGACGUUUAACCGUGGCGCCAUGGUGGGGUUGCUGGUGGUGGCCGUGGCGAUCGCCAUGGUGAUGGUAAUCAGCCUGCUGCUGGUGCGCAGGAAGCCAUACGGCACUAUCAGUCAUGGCAUCGUAGAGCAGGUCGACCCCAUGCUGACACCAGAAGAACGACAGCUCAACAAAAUGCAGAACCACGGCUAUGAAAACCCCACCUACAAAUUCUUUGAACAGAUGAACUGAGGUACUGGGGCUGCCAACAAGUCAUGCCUGACCACACGUUUUGCCCCACCCACCCCCACCCCCACCCCCACCCAACUCUUCCUUAAAGUGGUGUCCCAGCUACACUCCCUUUGACGGAUUUAUGAUGUGUUGCAAACAUAAAGUAACUGAAUAAGUACGGGGUACAACCCAAACCCAUUGUAAAUGACCAACAACCUAUCAUCAUUAGCAGAAUGUGAAUAAUGAGAAAACAAACUCACGUCACCUAUAGAAACCUCCUCGGGGUUAGAGUCUGAGGAUUUCCAUUAGCAAUGCCACAUAAUGUUCAUAAUCCUGAAACAUUCACCUCACCAUAGACAGAAAACCAUCCCAGUGGCAUGACUUGACCUUUUGCUCCUCACUAGAAACUGAAGUUGAACGGUGCAUAAUGCUUUAUAGUAUUUAUUUUUCAGUAGUAGUCUCUUUGGUUCAAGUUGUACCACAGUUAGAUAUAAUGUAUCUGUGUAGAUGAGUGUGAGUGACAGCCUAUAGUUAAAUUAUAGUGUAAUUCUCAAUUUAAAAGCCACUCAGUGAUAAAAAGGGCAAAGCUAAUUGUCAAACUAUCCUUACCUCCCUGAGCUACUGUAACAUUGGACACUAGCUCUGACAUUAAGACAUGAACACUAAGUGAGGAUGUGGAGGUGUUUACUGUGAAUGUGUGACACAUUUAGGCUUUCAUUUUAAAACAUACAAGGCCAAACAGACCACACUAGUCGAUACAGAACUGGUGGUACAAAAGAAAAACCAUGCCAUGUUUUUGAGGAUCUGCGCUCAAUAUUAUUACUAAUUAUUUGGCAAAACAUAACAAAUAUUCCAUUUAGCCAACCUAGUCAGUGAAUGAGUUUAUUUUAUUUGUACUGCUACCUAAAGAACUGCAAAACAGAAUAAUCAGAAGUCCGUUAUUUUAAUGAAAGCAUGACAACUUGGUGUAUGAUACUGCUGUAUUUAUUUGUGUUGUUCUCGUCAUUGCUUUUUGAAAAGUCGGAAAUGUCACCGUUCAAAAAGGACACUGUAAAUAACGUAAGAAAUACAUACUACUAGGUGUAGACAUUUCUAUGAUUAAUUUGCAUUGAUGUAAUGGAAUAAUACAUAAAAAUAGUACAUUGUGCUGUUGCGAGAAGGAGAAACAUUUUCCUAACAUGGCUGAUUGAAAACGGACUGUUGUAAAAACCAGCACAAGACAACGACACAGUAACUUCUUUCUGAAUGUAUUUAAGGUAGACGUUGAGAUUCCAUCUUCUUUUGCAUCAUCCCCCCUAGUAGACCGUAAUAGGAGUAGUGAAUCAACACAUCCAAUAGACAGACGACAUGUCUGGUGCCCUUCUCAUCACUUCCUGUAGCAGCCUGUUCAUUUUCACAUUUGGCAGGUGUGUAACAGAGCAGAGGAACUUAAAGCGCAGCAGGUUUUACUGUACAGAGCAGCGGAGGGUAAUGAGGCCACAGCUACAGAAAUGUCAAGUAUCAGUGUGUGUCAUAAAAACAGACCACACUCAUUUAAAGGCAUUAAAGCACUAAAACAUGCUGUGUGUCUUUAAAUCUCCCCGUUUGACAAAUUUGGUCUCAACAACCUUGAAUGUUAGUACUCUAUAGAUGCUUUAUUUAAGUUACUCUCUUCUUAAAUAGCUUUUCACUGAAUGACUCAUCAUAGUUUGUCAUAUUUAUGAUCAACAUAGUACCCUGUAUAGGUAAGUGAAAAAGGGAUUGCCCCUUUUUUCUGGCUGAUUGUUAAUUGCUUAGUGUCAGGUUGAAUUUCCUUUAGCCACUUCUAUUAGACCAUCUUGGUUAAGGAAGGUCGCAUUGUGGGAUGUUGCUUUUUGUUCAUCAGUCUUUUUUUACUAUAUAUGCUAUAGUAGAGAUAACCCAUACCAAAAUCAGUUUAUUUAUUUUACUGGUGGAAGUUUUCUUUUAAAACCUGCAUUUGUUCAUUCAGAGGAAAAAAGUCAUUUAAGUUGUUGUUGUUUUUUUGUAAAGUUUGCUUUGGAAUAAGCAAAAAGAGUUAUGAUCUAGCAUUGAUCUUCAGUUUGUCUCGUUUGGCAGGUUUAUUGCAGGUUGCGGUUGUGUUAUGACAGGUGAAGAGAAGUCAUAGCCCUUGUAUAAUUUGUACAGCUACGUUAGUGAAUGAAAACGUUGUAUGUUCACAGUUUAAGUCAGUUGAUCUUGUAAUGAUACUACUGAAACCAUAGAUGAGAAUAAGCUUGCCUGUGUUUCCCAAACCACUGAAGGUUUCCUACCAGCAUUUAGCAGACUUAGAAUGGUGUAUACUGUAGUUACUCAAAUCACAUUUGUACGUACGUCCUCUGUCAAAUUCUAGACUUCUUUGUUGGUCUGUCCCCUUACUUCCCCGACGAAAUAUAAACAAUGUUAUUGAGAUUUUAAUUGCUGCAUUAUUGCCUUUUACAAUGCUGUGUUUUGGAUGUAAUUAUUCUGUAUUUUUUAUUUCUAUGUAAUAAUCAGUUGGAUCAAGGGUCAUGCUUUUCACCUGUAAUGUAAAUUAUAGAAGCUUGUAUGAGAAAACAAAAGACAAGUUUAUAACGUUCGGAAAUGUGAAAUAUAGAAAGACAGCCUCUGCCUAAUUGACGAGGAGGGGCACUAAGCACAAGUAGAACCAAAUUACUCGAUUUAUGUACAGCUUGCUAAAUGUUAGACAUUGAUUCUGUCUGUCUGAUUUCAAUUAUACCGCAUUGAUUCUAGGGAUGUUGAAUGCAUCGUUCAGAGAGCUGAUCUUCAUUUUCAUUCAGACCUUUGACCAAAGACAUGCUCCACAAAUAAGCAGACAGAUAUUCCUAUUUGGCAAAUGUUCUCUGUUGUGUAACUGUAUUUGCAAGCAAUCUGAGAAAUUAAAACUGGUCAAGCUAAAUAAUAGUGUAAUAAAAAUGAAUGACCCAUAAAA